AUGAAAACAUAUAAUUUUAAAAAUUUUACUGCAAAACAAGUUGCAAAUAAUUACAAUUAUGGAAGUGUCAAUUAUGAAUUAGAUUCAAGAGAUACUUCAUCUGUUGAAUUAGUUACUAAGGGUAAUAUUGAAAUGAAAGAUAUUUCAGAAAAAACUUAUUUUGAUUUUUUGAAAAAAAAAUUUGCAAUUGAUGAUAAAUUUAAACCCUUAAGUAUUGAAGAAAUACAGAUAGACAAUUCUGUAGAUGUUGCGGUGCAAUUAUUUUCAAUAAAAGAAGUCCGCUCAGUUGUAGUUAAAAAUAAAUAUCAAGCAAAAGUUCUUGAUGUUUCAGUACUUAUAAAUAAUUCUACUUCAAAAAUUACAGGGUGGAAUAUUUUAGCAGAAUUACUCUUUUUCUUAUUAGCAGGAAAAGAAGUAAAAUUUAAAAAUAAAUUAAGAUUAAAAAUUAAAGGAUGUAAUAAUCAAAUUACAAAAUGUAACUACAAAGGAUUUGGAAAAGAACUUUAUGCUUUUAAUUUUACAAACAAUAGUAAAAUAGAAGUUCAAGAAAAAAAAAUAAAGCAAAAAGAAAUUAAUUGUUUAAAAGAUAUUGAAAAAAUUACGGGAUUAAUAAAAUGUAAGUUAAGACAAAAUAGUAUUAAUAAUUGUUAA